AAUAAAAAAUAAAAAAAUAGUUCCGGCGAGAAAUGGACCUUCUGUGCAGUGCCUACGCAGAGCCUUCCGACGACGAAGACGAAACCCUAAACGAUCAUCGCGUUGCCAAACGCCAUCGAUCUCGAGAACACCAUGCCCCCGCCGGCGAUCCUUCUCCGUCCAACCGCCGUCACCUUCACCGUCCAUCCCUUUCCGACCCCGCCGAACCCGCUUCUCUGUCCACUUCCCGUUAUAUCUCCAAGCGAGAGCGCGCGAUGCUCUCCACCUCCUCCUCUUCCGCUGCUUCCGCUCUCGAUCCACCUCUCGCUAGUCCAUGGCCCGCCGGCACAUCUCCUGCUGCUGAUACUAUAUUCAGUACGGAUCUACUACCUAAUGUUUUGGUAAAAUUAAGGUCUCGAGCACCUUUUCAUUCCCAAAGCAGUAAUAUUACUGGGAAGCUUUCUGUCUCUUUGACUGGUCACAGUAAAGCUGUCAAUUCUAUACAAUGGUCACUCAAUCAAGCUCAUCUUCUUGCUUCUGCUGGAAUGGAUAAGAAAGUGCAUGUGUGGAAUGUAUGGAGUAAAGACCAGAAGAAAGCCUGCAGUCUUGAACAUCACAAUGCGGCAGUGAAGGAUGUGAGGUGGUCUCCUCAAGGGUUGUCUCUUCUAUCUUGUGGGUAUGACUGCUCAACUCGGCUAGUUGACAUUGAAAAAGGGAUUCAAAUCCAGCAAUUUAAAGAUGAUCAAGUUGUUGGGGUGAUUAGAUUCCACCCAAGUAACCCCAAUCUUUUUCUAUCUGGUGGUUCAAAAGGCUUUCUUAAGCUCUGGGAUAUACGAUCUGGAAAGGUUGUGCAGAAUUAUCGUAAAGACCUUGGUCCCAUUUUUGAUAUUGAGUUCAGUUCUGACGGAAAGCAAUUUAUCUCUUCAAGUGACACCACCUUGAGCAACAUUAGUGAAAAUGCUAUUAUUGUUUGGGAUGUUUCACGAGAAGUGCCUUUAUCUAAUCAGGUCUACACAGAAGCAUUUACUUGUCCUUGCAUCAAGUACCAUCCAACUGACGCUUGUUUUGUCGCACAAUCAAAUGGAAACUACAUAGCAAUAUUUUCUUCUCAUCGUCCGUUCAAAUUAGACAGGUACAAGAGAUUCGAAAAUCACGGAGUUUGGGGCUUUCCCAUCAAAUGCAAUUUCAGUUCAGAUGGAAAUCAACUUGCUUCAGGCUCAUCCGACGGGUGUAUUUACUUGUACAAUUAUCACUCUUCUGAACUUAUAAGAAAAUUCAAGGCAUUCGAGCAACCUUGUGUAGAUGUUGCUUUCCAUCCUUCAAUACCCCAUCUGAUUGCUUCAUGUAGUUGGGAUGGUGGAAUUUCUAUUUUUGAAUGAGAUCUUCAAUUUUUAAUACCGUAAAACUAUGGGUACACUCAUUCGAUCUCGACGUGUUUUUGGGAUCUUGGUCUUA